AAUUAUUACCUAACUAAUAAGGCGUUAACAUUAACGACUCCAUAGUGUUCCAACUUCCAAGCACUGUGAAAUUAACAAGCUCCGGUAAAAGUAAGUCGAUCAAGUCAAAUUCAAUAAACUAAAGGGUAUAACUUGAAAUUGAAGGAAACGGUAACCCGACUUGCCUCCGUUCCGUUCAGUUCUCCAAUUAAGGGUGCUGUGUGUUUGCAGCACCGAUCAGCGCCAUCGUCGCGCGGGAAUUAACUGUAGUCGUUGGAGUCAGUUACUAAUGGCGCGAGCUUGGACUCUGUUCACUCUGAUUCUAUGGGUGGCAGAGUUGGUUCUUUGGGGAGAUGGAAGCGAUGUGUUACUGCUGCAAAAUGCAGAGAAGGGCUCUCCUCCUGCCAUGAUUCUCCCUCUCCAUCUCUCUGCUCCUAAUUCUUCCAACUUCAACUUUAAUCAUCAUCGCCAACUUCGAGGAUCCCACCCUAACGCUCGCAUGAGACUCCACGACGAUCUCCUCCGAAACGGGUACUAUACCACGCGGCUAUGGAUCGGUACUCCGCCGCAGAGGUUUGCUCUUAUUGUGGAUACGGGGAGUACUGUUACUUAUGUUCCUUGCUCUACUUGCCAACACUGUGGUACGCACCAGGAUCCAAGUUUCCAGCCAGACUUGUCAAAAACCUAUCAUCCUGUCAAAUGCACCUCGCGAUGUAACUGUGACAAUAAGAAGAACCAGUGCACAUAUGAGAGACGGUAUGCUGAAAUGAGUAGUAGUAGCGGGGUCCUAGGUGAGGAUGUCGUAUCCUUUGGAAAUCAGAGUGACCUUGCCCCACAGCGUGCUGUUUUUGGCUGUGAAAACGUUGAGACUGGUGAUCUGUACAGUCAGCAUGCUGAUGGCAUCAUGGGUUUGGGCCGUGGUGAAUUAAGUAUCAUGGAUCAACUGGUUGAAAAAAAAGUAGUAAGUGAUUCGUUCUCACUUUGCUAUGGUGGAAUGGAUGUUGGUGGAGGUGCAAUGGUUCUUGGUGGCAUGUCUUCCCCAGCAGACAUGGUUUUUACACAUUCAGAUCGUUAUCGAAGUCCAUAUUAUAAUAUCAAUCUGAAGGAGAUACAUGUUGCGGGGAAAAGAUUGCCUCUAAACACAAAGGUGUUCAAUGGAAAACAUGGAACUGUCUUGGAUAGUGGCACAACUUAUGCAUACCUACCACAAUUUGCAUUUCUCGCUUUUAAACAUGCCAUUAUGAAGGAAGCCAAGUCUUUGAAGCGAAUCCCUGGUCCAGAUCCAAAUUACAAUGAUAUAUGUUUUUCUGGUGCUGGGAUUGAUGUCUCUCAACUCUCUAAUAAAUUUCCAGCUGUUGACAUGGUAUUUGAUAACGGUCACAAAUUGUCACUGUCACCUGAAAAUUACUUGUUCCGGCAUUCAAAGGUGCGAGGUGCAUAUUGUCUUGGGGUUUUCCCAAAUGAAAAUGAUCUAACUACCCUCUUAGGAGGUAUCAUUGUCCGUAACACACUUGUAAUGUAUGAUCGUGAGCAUUCAAAAAUUGGUUUCUGGAAAACUAAUUGUUCUGAGUUAUGGCAAAGACUACACAUAUCAGAUGCCCCACCACCUGUGCCUCCAAAUGCUAAAGGAACAAACUCAUCCAAUUCCACUGCACUAGAGCCUUCAGUUGCUCCAUCUGCAACACUGUAUAAUUUACAUCAAGAUGAACUCCAAAUUGCUCAAAUUACAAUUGUAAUUUCAUUUAACAUUAGCUACUUGGAUAUGAAGCCUUUCAUUACUGAAUUGGCCGGACUCAUAGCUCAUGAGCUGGAUGUUAAUGCUUCACAGGUUCACUUAAUGAAUUUUACUUCUUUUGGAAAUGGUUCUCUCUCUCAAUGGGUCAUAACCCCAAGGACAUAUGCUGAUUACAUUUCUAACACCACAGCAAUGAGUAUAAUUGCCCAGCUUUCUGAACAUGGAAUACGACUUCCUGAGACAUUUGGAAAUUAUAAGUUACUUAGUUGGAAUGUUGAGCCUCCACGGAAACGGAGUUGGUUGCAACAAUAUUAUUUGGUUGUGGCUCUGGCUGUUAUGCUUACAUUGCUUCUACUAGUAGCAGCCUUAGGAAUAUUCUUAAUUUUGAAAAACAGAGAGGAAAUUGUGCACUCGUACAAGCCGGUUGAUGUGGUUGUGCCAGAGCAGGAACUUCAGCCAUUAUGAGCUACCUUUGUGCUGCAGCUUCUGCAUAAUGGUCUGCCUAAUCCUGAUUAGUGCAACUAGCAUAUACCAACAUUCUUUUGUUUCAAAGAAAUCAUGCAGUUUAUAUAUAACGAAAUCUUAUAGGAACAUAUUUUGGAAAUUGCAUAGUCAGAAAAGAAAAUUUGUGAAUACUGUAAUAUACAAAAGGGUGUCACAUUAGGUUGAAGUUUUGAACUAUUUCGUCCAGGAAUCAUUAUUGCUACUUCUGUGUAUUGAUCCAAGAAUCUUAUGUCCGCAUUUAUUGAGGGCUUCAAGGUUUUGAUUGGUGUUUUGAUGAAUACUCUGUUGAACA